GAGAGCAAGAUGGCAGCAAAAUCCGAUGGCGUGGGGGUCGUUACCGGUUUCGCCCAGCUGCACAACCUGGACGAGGCGGCCGGCGACGAGGAUGCGCUGGACAGCGCGGCCAUACACAUCUGCCACUGCUGCAACUCGUCGUCGUGCUACUGGGGCUGCAGGAGCGCGUGUCUGCAGUCGCUGCUGGGCGACAGGGAUGCCGGAGGAGGAUUCAGGCGGCCGCAGCAUCAGCAGCCGGAGGAGCGCCUGUGGCUGGACUGCCUCUGGAUCGUCCUGGCGCUGCUCGUCUUCUUCUGGGACGUCGGCACGGACUUGUGGCUGGCCUUGGACUACUACUCCAAACGGGACUAUCUGUGGUUCGGGCUCACGCUGUUCUUCGUGCUGGUGCCGUCGGUGCUGGUUCAGAUCCUCAGCUUCAGGUGGUUCGUCCAGGAUUACACGGGCGGCGGGCUCGGGGCCGUGGAGGGGCUCAGCCGAAAAGCCACGGCGGAUCUGAGCUCGCGCAUCUACGGCAGGGACAGGUGCUGUGUGAUCUCCAUUUGGAUCUGGCAUGCUUGUGUGCACAUCCUUCAGAUGGGACAAGUGUGGAGGUAUAUCCGCACGAUGUACCUGGGUAUCCAGAGUCGACGGCAGAAGGAACACAGGCGGCGCUUCUACUGGGCGAUGAUGUACGAGUAUGCCGACGUCAACAUGCUCCGGCUGCUGGAGACGUUUCUAGAGAGUGCCCCCCAACUGGUGCUACAACUCUGUAUAAUGAUCCAGAAGAACCGGGCCGAGACACUGCAGUGUGUCUCCUCCGUUGCCUCCCUACUCUCGCUGGCCUGGGUCCUGGCUUCGUACCACAAGCUCCUGCGCGACUCCAGAGACGACAAAAAAAGCAUGAGCUACAGAGGCGCACUGAUCCACAUCUUCUGGAGGCUUUUCACCAUAUCCUCCCGGGUGCUCUCCUUUGCCCUCUUCGCUUCCAUCUUCCACAUCUACUUUGGCAUUUUCGUGGUCGUGCACUGGUGCGCCAUGGCAUUCUGGAUUGUGCACGGCGGCACGGAUUUUUGCAUGUCCAAAUGGGAAGAGGUGCUCUUCAACAUGGUGGUGGGCAUCGUCUACAUCUUCUGCUGGUUCAACGUGAAGGAGGGCCGAACCCGGUACCGCAUGGUGAUCUACUACUUCGUGGUGCUUGCCGAGAAUACGGUGCUUACUUGCCUGUGGUACGCCUACCGAGACCCAGUCACCACCGACUCCUAUGCAGUGCCGGUGCUCUGCGGGGUUUACCUAACCUUCGCCUCAGGGGUGGUUUUCAUGGGCAUCUACUAUGGGUUCCUUCAUCCGAUGGGACCUAAAAUAAGGGUGCUAGCUAGCUCCUGUUGUGCCGAGCUUCUUUGGGGACUUCCGUUACCCCCGGAGGCCGAGCCCAUGGCACCCACCCCUGGACCGCGGGCGUCCCAACCCACUCCCACCCGGGCUUCCAUGGGGGCCUUUGGCCACCAGGAUGACGCCUCAGCGGACACCUGCCUGCCCGUGUUUCAAGUGCGCUCACCCGAGCCCACCACUCCCUUGGGCCGCUACCGGCCGGAGGGACCUCUGAUCAAGAUCGACAUGCCCAGGAAACGCUACCCAGCCUGGGACGCGCACUUUGUGGACAGGCGCUUGCGAAGGACGAUAAACAUCCUGCAGUUCAUCACGCCCGCCACUGUCGGGAUCAGGUACAGGGACGGACCGCUGCUGUAUGAGCUCCUGCAGUACGAGUCGUCCCUGUGACAUCUGACGUCCACGUUUAGUUUCAGAUCUGCCACGUUUCGCAAAAUGCAUGCUAUUUUGGUUAUAAAUGCGUACUUGUGUGUAAAAGAGUGUAAGCAUCGAGCAUUGCACAUUUUCUUUGAUGUGAAAAGCCUCCAGAAGAUGUGUAUAUAUUUUGUAUGUAUAUACUGUCUCUUUUUUACAAUAUCCGUUUAGAAAUGUGUCCCCAUGAAGGGAUAUGUAUGCGUCAUGGUGUUUACAGCCAGCGGAAACCAUUACAUUGGAAAAAUGGAGAUCGGUUGACCACAUCAACACCUCCUUGUGUUCUUAACUUUUAUUAAUCUAUACUAGCUGAUUUGAUAUUUCAAAGCUUAUUUUCACAUUUGCAUUGAUCGAUAUGCUCAAGUUGUGGUUUAUAUUUAAAAAGCGUCUGUUAUAGCCUAGACUUUUCCACUUGCAGAGAGUGAUUUGCAUUGACAAUGCAAUCAUAACUGAUUUAUUUUCAGUAAGAGUUCUACUAGCUAGCUACAGUAGAGUGAUUUGGCGACCUCUAGUGAAUUAAUUGCUGUACGCGCCCCUUUACACUGACCUCUGCAGGCGAGAAUCCACCUGUCAGACAAAAUCCAAGUGGCAUUCAUUGUCUGUUUGCCUUAAAAUCCGUAUUUAGCUUGUUAGUGUCUUGAUUAUUGUAUUCUUUGGUUAUUAAAAAGAAAUACCUCAUUGACUAUAGCACAGUUCAGAUCCAUUAAACCCUCAAGUAUGCACAAUAAGUAUGGUUAAUAUUGCACUGAGAAUCAUCUGUAAAGUUUAGUGGGAAUUUAUAUUAAUAAUUAAAUAAUAAAAGCACACCGCUCAUGGGAGGUUUUGAAGGAACAGUUUUGUACCGAGAAUAGCACGUUGAAUUGAUGAUUUUUAGAUUAUUUUUCCUCAAUUAUUGGGAUGCUUUUGUUUCAUGGCUUUGUUCACACUGCAAGCCUCUAAUCUUUAUUUUCUUAAAUGAUAUGUAUUACUUAUUUUUCUAUAUUAUUAUAAUUAUAUCUUAAUUUUAUUGCUUUUUAUUUUUAUUAUUUAUAAUUCAAUAAUUUUUCACUUAAAAUUAUAUAAUGUAAUUUAAAAAAAAAGAUGCAAUUCUAAAAAUUAUAUAUUUAUUAGUAUUUACAAGGUUUAAUGUCAUUCCACUGACCAACGAAUGUUGAGUUUGAUUGGUCGAUGCCACUGCAUUCACACGUGAGUGGAAAUCAAAUAAUAUUUAGCCCAGAUUCAACUGCGGUGUGAACAAUAGCGCAUGUUUUAUCUCAUCAGAAAUAAGCACAGAAAACCCUCAACAAGGUGGCGUUGUGUGACUGAUCAUCUCCAUUAUUUCAACCUCUUUUCGAGCAUUUAGACUGCAUAGUGUGCAUACAGUUACUACUCUCAUCUGUUUGUCUAGUGUCGUCAUCCAAAAUUCCAAGUAAUAAACUUGUGAGGUGCAGAAAUGUGGCUGUGGUUCUCUGAGGAACCCUGGCCCACAUAUUUUUCCUAUGUGUAAUGACGUAAUUGUCACUUUUUUAACGUUUAAUUUUAUUCUAAGGUGCAACAAGAUGCUAAGCUAAUGGCAUUUGAAGUUAUCUUUGCCUGAAUAUACCUGAGUGUAUUUACACAAGUAACCGUGGCAGAGUCUCACCAUAGGAGGAUUUUUGCGAUCGUUUGAGAAGAGGAUGAUAAUUGCCUCAACACACAGGGCUCGCUGCUGCCCGCAGCGCGAAACAAAGCCAAAUCACAUCCUCUACUGUAACAGUCUCUCUCUGCUAUUGGUGCAUCCAGCCGCCUGUAAAGGUCAACAUCUUUGCUGAUUGGUGCUUAUAGUGAAGCAUUUAUUUCUUACUAUCUACAAGCAUGCCGUUUGAUUUUUGGUGCUACUUUGAUUAUUUUGCCAUGUGAACACUGUGGGAUUAUUAAAAGUGCACCAAGUAAUUUUUAAGUGAUUUUUAAAAGUGAUCCACGUAAAAAAAACAGUGCUUUUUUAAAUGCAUGAGAUGUACAAAAAAAAUUGGUUUAGGAACAAUUUUCAGUUUCAAAUUUGCUAGUAAAUUUCACAAAGAAAUGGCAGUGAUGCAUAGAAUUUUGAAGUUUUUCUUGUAAAAUGUACUCCAGUAAUCAUUGUUUUAUUUAUUAAAAAAAACUUGACAUUAGCAAAUGUAAAUAUAUAUAGCUCUCACAAACAUUGGGUAAAAUAGUAAAUUUUUAGUCAAACAUAAAAAAUUUUAUAAAAAUAAAUGUUAAGCAUAUUUCUAAUCAACAUUUGCCAUCUUCAAUGCAUUGCAGUUUGGGAUACAAAAAUUUCUUGGUGCACCUUUAACUUUGAAUUGUCUCCAGUGUCAUGGCUCUUGCUUUUCACAAAAAUUCAUUGCCAUUUUCAGUUUAAGAGUGAACCUGAAGCAGCACUGGCUUGGUGCACCACAUAGAGGAGAUCACAUAUGUCCUUGACUCCAUUGUGCCUGCUUUGAUCCCAACAACCAGAUGCCAUACAGGUGCAUCCAGCAGGUGAAAAGGGUUCUUGCCAGGUUGGAGAAAGAGCUCCAAUUGGCAUAAAAUCCCCUAAAAUUGCUCUUGAACACUGGGUCUCUUGACUCGGCUUCCUCCCUGGUUGCUGCUAGCCCUUCCCUCACAUUAACAUGUGGCUCAGGUGUAUUCUGGUGCAGAUAUUCAUGUUUUAGAUUUCCCUGCAAAUAUAACUCUAUAGUAAUAGGUCAUCCUGAGGACAGUCCAGCUCCUCCAGCGUUCAUUUCAAGGCUGUGUGUGUGAUUUCUCUGCAUGUUUUGCUUUGAUUUCGCUCAUCCACUGCAUUCUGGAUCACUGUUGUUUGCUGGAGAAACCUGCAUCUUUUCAUGCUAUCAUUUUGAGUUUUGCCAAAGUGUGUUUUUAUGUUUUUUGAUGGCUGCCAGAUGUGCCGUACUACGUCCGUCGGUGCAUCUUCACUCAUGCACAUCCGUGCUGUAAAUAUUAGGCACCUAUUGGCCUCCUCCGGGCACUAAUACACUGUGAUUAGUUCUCCUUCUAACCAAGCAGUGAGCAUCCAAGGUUUAGAAACAAGCUUCCACUGCUGCGGACUGUAUUAUGAAAUAUAACCGUGCUGAAAACACCUCAAACAUUAUUGUUGUCCUGUUAGACAGUACUUGCAAUGAUGAAGUCAAAAUUAAUUUUUGGUUUACUCAGGCAUUUUAUUUUCCUCUGACAGAUUUGAAUAUGUCAAACUGAAAUAUUCAACAGCUACUGUCAGAGAAUGCAAGGGCUUCCUUGAUAUGGACAGUAUUAGACAAUAUUGCAGCAUUCAGUUAUUUAUACAGGUGUAUAUUAAAAUUCUGCAUUUAUUAUUAUACAUUUUAUUAUAAGAUAUAAUAUAUAAUAAUGAAGCUAAUACCACUAUGUUAAACUAGAGCCUUAUUUAUUGGUUCCAUAAAGAACCUUUAACACCCAUGGAACCUUUCCAGGUUCUUUAUAAUAGAAAAACACUCUUAAAAAUGAAGUUUCUUUAUUGGAAUCUGUGGUUCCAUUAAGAAUGUUUAACAUUCAUUGUACAAAAGCUUCUUAACAGUGGGAAAAAAAGGUUUAAUAGAUCAUUAAAAUGUUCUUUACACUUAAAAAUGAAGGUUCACUAUUGGCAUUGAUGGUUCCAUGAAAAACUGUUAACAUCUAUGGAAUCUUUCCAUUCCACAAAAGGUUUUUUAUAGUGGAAAAAAUGUGCUUAUGAUUAUUUGAAUAUUUAGGGGCUUUCUCACCACAGGAACAUUUUCAUAGUUCCUAGAACUGUUGGUGGAAGUCCCCGUUUUUUUGGUGCGUUCACACCGCAGGAACUAGAAACGUAUUUAGUUCUAGGAACUCUAUUUGGGGGAACUAAAUUAGCUCCUACUUCACAGUAAGAUCUAAAACAGUUCUAUCCACCUUACUUUUUAAAGCGGAAGUAAGCAUAUGGCCAAAACCUCCAGUUUAUUAGCCGCUAUAGAGUUUUUUGUUUUUUUUUAACAAUGCAUCAUGACUUGGCCAUAUUGGUGGCACUGAAUGUAAACAGUGCCACUGAAGUGAACAAUACUCGCAUAUUUUGCUGAUUAUUGCUGCUGAAAAUGGUCAAUUAUUAAGACGUAAGAUUUUAAUCAGUUAGUAAUUAGUAAGACGCACCAAGUUGCAGUAUCAAGCAGCAAAACACGAUGUUUUGUACAGCCAAAAAUAGGUGGACGUGGAUGAGACUGGAAGCCAGACUCAUAAAAUUUGCAAACGGCCGCGCCCGCUCUUACGGCAAAAAUCAGUUGGAUAGGAACUACCAGAGACGUAAGUGUACCCUGAUUGGCCAAACGCAUACGAAACAGCAGCUACACAGCAUUUUUAAAAAACCAUGUAAACACAUUUAAUCCACAAACAUGGAAAACGCUGAUUACGGUAUUUACGUAUCUGUUGUCUUGCAGCAUUGUGUUUUUUUUCCUCAGCCUCGAUGAUGUAAACACUGCAAGCUGUCGUAGGAGAUUUAGUCCGGUUUUAAUGCUCUUUCAGUCGUGUAAAUUGUGUGUUUACAUUCAGUCUCCGUUAUCACAAAACCCACGACACAACAACAGCUCCGAUCACGGCGUCCUCCAUCCAUGAAAAAAAGACGUCGCCGUCGGCCGCUUCAGAGUUCCUGCUGCCGGUGCGAAUGCAACCAUGAAAACUGUCCGAGGGGGAAACUGGUUCUCUAGGAGCCUGACCAGUUCGUUUAACAACUGUUCACUGAAAGGUUCAUUGUGAAACUGUAAAUGGUCCUUCUAUGGCAUCGCUGUAAAAAACAAAAAAAAAAAAAACAUUUUGGAACCUUUAUUUUUAAGAAUGAAGGUAUUUUAGAAUAUGAAAAUGCUCUUUACAUUUAGACAAAGAAAAUGGCUUUUUUAUGAACUGUUCAUUGAAACCUUUCGGAAGCUUUAUUUUUAAGACUGUACUUGAUUAUCACGGACAUCUUAAAGAUGGCAUCUGUUCUGAUGUCAUCAUUAGGCUGUGAUGUCGAUAGGAAUUUUCAUUUGCCAUUAUUCCAUUUUCCACCCAUUUAUUUGACCCCGUGGUGCCUUAAAACGUCGGUGCUUCUAACCGCCAAGGCAACCAGUUCAGCAAACAACAAUGCCAGUAAUAUUUCUAUUUUGUUUUCUUUCAAACGUGCCAAUGCAGUAAAUGGAACUGUACAUAAACACAUGUAACAUAGCAACACGACAGAACGACGAUGUAAACAUUCCAGCGUUGGCAUGGUUAUGUGACUGCAUUGGAACAGACGCUCCACAGACGGCGGCGAAGCAGUACUAGACAUCGGCCUUUAUUAGCUCGGCACGAGAGGCAGACGUUAGGGCUAAUGUUCAUUUCUGUAUGUGAUGUCCAGUACUGCUUCACCUGUGAUGAGAACAAUAUCUUCAAGGUGCUAAAACUGAACCAUAUUUUGUAUAUUAAGUUUUAAAUGUAUAGAUUUGUUCUUGUAAAGCCUUACCUUGUACUGAUCGACGUAUCAGACUGUUCAUCCAAAAAAAUUACAGAACACAAAUGUCCUGUAUAUAAUGUACAGUAGAAGUAUGUUUCUGUUGUUAUGUACAGAUGAAAAAUGUUUUUUUAUCUAUAUUGUUUUUGUUUUUGUGAUUCGGUGGGAACUGCUUGAUGAAUAUGAUAUACAGUAGACAUUACAGUGUUGCUUAUGUAUAGAAUGUUUCUGGUAACCCUGUAAUGCUACAUUAGCAGUUAGAAUAGGUGUCAAAUAUAGUUUUAUUUAUUUUUAUUAUUUUAAACUCUCCUUGGCACUGAAAUAUUAGAGGAUGAGGUAUUUUUUCCUGGUUGAAAACGUUAGUUUUUCACCUCAUUGUAAGAACAUUUUUGACUUUUUUUUUUUUUGUUGUGAAGUGCUUCACAUAAAUAUGUAUUUCUAAAAUGUUGUAAAUAAGUUACUUUAUGUUCAAGCAGGAUUGUGAAAAGAUAGGGUUCAAUGCUCAAAUGGACAACAACGGUUAAUGAGUACAAAUUCAACAAUCAAAAUGCAGUUCCUCAAUUCCAGACUAUGCAAUUACAAAAAAAUAUUUUGAGUUUGAUUUACUCUGAUUUUAUUUGGAUUUACUUCAAAAGAAUCUGUUGUUCUUUUUAAGGCUCAAAAAUGGCUUUGCAGGAUUUAAAUGUUCUAAAAUCUUUAAGUUUUAAGUAUUUCUGGUAUAUUUUCUUUUUUUAUGUCUAAAAAAAUUAUUUCUUAAGGGUUUAUGAGCACGACUGGUGGAACGGUUACAGUUUAUAAGAACGCAAAAACUCAAACACAAAAGCUAAAGGUUUAAUAGACUGGUUAAGCUUUAUAUUUACAUAUACCCUUAGUCCUACCCUUUUACAUUGAAACCGUGUAAAAUGCAAUGCAAGCUAUCAGUAUAAGUUAUAUGAAACUCCUCUUUAUAAUAUAGUGUUAUAAAGAGCAGCUGUCACAUCUGAUGGCUGUAGAUCCCAAACCAAAGUUGUUUCAGAAAUACCCUUUCAGAUUAUUAAUAUUACCUUUGUUGUAAUAUUUCUUUCGAUUUCUGAUCAAACACAAAAGCAUAUUCUUUGGUAUCCAAACAGUACAAAUAGUCAAGCUGCUUUGAGAAGGAAUGUCACUUUUAUUUUUAUCCCACAUAUGAUUUAUUCACAUAAAAUAGAAACUUGUUAUACAAUAUAAUAUAAAUAUUAUAUAUAUAUGGUACAUAUAUAUGCUGAAAAGCACAGUGCAAUAUAUUUUACCAAUACUGAUGCUCUAAAGGAACAUUUCUUAUUUGUAUGUUCUAAAUAUUUCAUUUAUGAUAAACCUUUUAUGUUUAUUCAUGUCUCAAAGUACGUUUUGAGUGUAUAAUGUAAACUGAAUAUUGUGUUUGUCAUAAAACAGAUUCACUUCAAAGUAUAAAAUUGUUUGGGACGAAAGAACAGCACAAUAACGACAGGUUCCUGUGAUUAGAUUUGGAAAUACAGCAGUUCAUUCCCACAUAAAUUCACGCUGAAAUUCCUCUUGACGAAUAGUUAUAUAUUUUUUUAAACCUCGACUAACAGGUGUGUGAUAUACUGUAGUGCAUGAACAUUGCUAUUUCAUGGUAGCCUUUAAAUGAUAUUGGGACUUGCAUAAAGAUUAAGUUGUAUUUGUUAAAUCUAAAUAACGUCGGGCAGAUCUACAGGUUUUGUUUGGAUAUUGAAUAUAAAGUGUUUUAGCUCUCUUAUGGCCUCAAAUGAUUAUUCAGGUUUUUUGGUGAGACGUGGAUUGUUGUUUUUCACGUUUUCACCGAGUAAAAUCUCAACAAACGUCAUGAUGUAAUAUAGAAGAUUUCUAUUUCAUGCAACACGUAUAAUUCACACAACGUAGUCGUUCCGAGCAGGAGUCUGAAUUGUCUGAGGUCAAAGUGUGUGCUGUGUAAAAGACAUCUCUGUUGUAUGUAUUAUUGAAUCUUAGAUUUUACUAUAUGCAUCCUUGUGGAAUGUGAAAUUGAAUGUUUUGUGUGUUUAUGUAUCAGUCUGUACUGAAAGUCAAGCACAUCUGAACUCCAAACCGGCUGGUUAAACAUGCAGGGAAUGUUACUUGAUAAAUUUGUGUUUGUUUUUUGUUUGUUGCAUCUUUAUUUGACAUUUAAAUGCUUUUGGAUCAAUCAAUUGAUUUAAGGUUCAUCCAAAAAUUACAUUUGUUGACAAUUUACUCCCCCUCAGGGAGUAAGAUGUAGAUGGGUUUGUUUCUUCCCGGAAACAGAUUUGAAGAAAUGUAGCAUUACAUCACUUG